GAAGAGAGAGAGGGAACGAGAAGAGAGAGAGGGAACGAGAAGAGAGAGCGGGAACGAGAAGAGAGAGAGAGAGUGAGAGAGAGAGGAGGAUGAGUGUGUACACUCUGAACCUGCGGGUGUUCUGGCCUCUGUUGACCUGUGUGUUGACAGGUCUGGUUUUCCACCACCACAUAACCCACUGGCUAAGCCCAGAAUCAAGCCCAGAAUCAGGCCCCGAUCCUGGGUACGAGGCUGGGACAGAGCCCUGCUCUGACCAGGGCCCUCCUGUCUUUUUCUCACUCAUCAAACUACUGCUGGCCUGUGUCCUCUGCUACCUCUUCAUAAGGUACUGCUCCACCCACCCAGGGGGGCCCCAGAGGGUGCCUCUCGAGGCCGCUGACGCGGCUCUGAAAUCGGGUUGGUCUCGUCGAGAGGUCCUGGAGGACUACUACGAGCGCUGGGUGCGUCUGUCUCCUCACGUCCUGGGGCACAGCAAGGCCCACGUGGCCAAACUGGUCGGGGAGCUGGUCAGAGCCGGACGUGCCACUGGAGGUAUCCCAGAGUCCUCUCUGGCGUUCCGGGGAGACUUCCUGCAGGUGGGCAGUUCAUACGAGGAGCACAAGGUGGGCGCUCCAGACUACUAUGACAUUCUGGUACCUCUGAAGAUACCCCGAGACCUGAGACUGGAGCCACGAGUAUACAGGGGGGAGAGGAGGGGGGAGGAGAAGGAGAAGGAGGACGAGAGAGGAGAGGAGAAAGGGGAGGGCAAGAGGGAUGUGAGGGGUGAGGAGAAAAAAGAGAAGGGGGACAAGAGAGGGGAGGUUAAAGAGAAUGGGAGGAGGUCGGGGAAGGGGAGGGCAAGGAGGAUGUCGGGGAAGGGGGAGGGCAAGGAGGAUGUGAGGGAGCAGAGGGGGGAGGAGCAGACAGAGGUCCAAGAAGAAGGGAAGGAAGUCUUGAAGGACGAGGUGAAGGAAGAGAUGAAAGGGGAAAGCUCAGAGGACAGUGGGUGGAGCGGCGUGCCGCGGUGCAGUCUAGAGACUCCUCGCCGUGGGGACUGGCUACGAAAACACCGCAACUUCACUGACACCUUUUUACGAAUGCACCCUUCUCGGGGCUCGCCCGAAAGGUCAUCGAGCUCAUUGUCAGGGGUCACGGCAGUGUCAGGAGGAGGAGGAGGAGGAGGGGGCGGAGUCUAUCGCCUGACCCCGGACUCCGUCCUCCGUUGGUUCUACCCGGCGGUCCAGCGUUGCCUAGCAACCGUGCGCUACCCUUUCGAGCAACGCUGUACGCUGAGUCUGGCACUCGCCGACGACCGUGUGCAGCUCCGCCUCACACCGCGUUCCGACUACGUCUGCUGUCACAUCUCCAUGGCAAUACGGCUCCUCCCUGCCAUCCCCCUCGGAGACGGGGUCUACCUGGUUCCCAUGGAAACGACGGCCUCAGCGGCGAUGUCAAAUACAGAACCAGCAGAGCGAGAGAGGGACCUGUGGACUUUGUUCUUCCCCCUUAAUAGGGAGCAGCGUCUGCUGGGCUGGCUGUGGCCGCCACCACAGCCCUCCUGCCACCUCAAGGUGCUCCAGCUGACCAAGGCCCUGCGUGACCUGGGUGGCCAGGCACUGGACAGCCACCGGGGGGCACUCUGGAGGUCAGUCCUCUCCUCCUACACGCUGAAGACGGCCUGGCUGCGUCUGCUACUCAGCUCUCCUGCAGAGGCCUGGGAGGAUCGCCACCUGGUGGCCAGGAUGGAGGAGCUGGUCCGCAGCCUGAGGGAGAGCCUCCAGAACCGGGCUCUGAAUCACCUCUUCUUGGGGAGCGACAGCAGCUCCAUCUUACCUGACUCUGUGGCUCUACCUAAGUUGGUCAAGGAGGCGGUGGGAGCUCCAGUGGAGGGUCCAGGGGGAUGUUUGGGGGGUUCGACGGGGAACCUCUGGGCAGGUGUGGACCCAGCCUCGUUGGACCUAGUGUCUGGCCGGUUGGCGUAUGCCUGGAGCCAUCUCCACCGGCUGAUCAGGUUGGGCCGACCCCAGAGGAGUAGCUUGGGGCUGGGCAGGACAGGCAACAUAAACUGCCAGCAUCUGCAACCUGGAGAAUAACACACUUAACGGAGGUUCACAGCUAAUAUCCUCCAAAAACGAGUCAAACAGACAGAUACAUAGACAGACGGGAUGGAUAAAACACCAGGCUACUUGCACAUCCAAUGGUUGUACAGGAGCUACUGGUCUAGAAUAAAAUGAAAGCCUAUAACAGUGAUGGGACGAUCUCUGAGUCAUCCCUCUUAACCAGUCACGAAUGGAAAUCAUAGGGAAUGUGUGAAUUUUGUAAUUUAUGAAUUUGUAAUUUAUGAAUUUGUAAUGAAUACAUGUGUAAUUCUUCCCUGGUACCUAAUGAAUGAGGUUUCAUUCAAAACCAGA